AUGGCCACAAUUGGACAACAAGGAGUCCCAACAAUGGACACAUUUGGACAACAAGGAGUCCCAACAAUGGCCAUGAUUGGACAACAAGGAGUCCCAACAAUGGACACAUUUGGACAACAAGGAGUCCCAACAAUGGCCACAAGUGAACAAAGAGUCCAGACAAUGACCACAAGUGGACAACAAGAAGUCCCAACAAUGGCCACGAGUGGACAACAAGGAGUCCUAACAAUGGCCAUGAUUGGACAACAAGGAGUCCCAACAAUGGGCACAUUUGGACAACAAGGAGUCCCAACAAUGGCCACAAUUGGACAACAAAGAGUCCCAACAAUGGCCACGAGUGGACAACAAGGAGUCCUAACAAUGGCCAUGAUUGGGACAACUUGAAGUCCCAACUAUGGCCACAAUGGGACAACAUGAAGUCCCAACUAUGGCCACAACUGGACAACAUGAAGUCCCAACAAUGGCCACGAGUGGACAACAAGGAGUCCCAACAAUGGACACAUUUGGACAACAAGGACUCCCAACAAUGGACGCAUUUGGACAACAAGGAGUCCCAACAAUGACCACAAUUGGUCAGCAAGGAGUCCCAACAAUGGCCACAAUUGGACAGCAAGGAGUCCAAAUAAUGCCUAUAAGUGACCAGUCGGACAAUGCUGCCCUUGUGCCACAGAUGAAUGCCACCAGCCAACAAGGUGUCCGUACCAUCAACAUUCCACCUGGCUACAGUAUCACUAUACAACCAACACCUGAAUACAUAGCAAGUGUAUCACAGUCCCAAACUGCCGAUGACCAACCUCCCCAAUCGUGGAAAAUCCAAAGCAUUGAACAAUCAAUGAACUAAAUAAUUAUAGACACAAACAAUAAAUGAACUCAACCAAUUUAAAUGCAUCAAAUUGAUGAAAAAAUGAUUUUGGUCAAAUGAUGCCAAUAUAUAUCCAAGAGAAAUAUAUAUUGAAAAUGACUUUCAUAAGAAAAAAGAGUUACAAUAUGGACCAUAAAUAGAUGAGUAUUUUAAAAACAAUUUUAAGAUAAAGGAUAGGUAUCGAUAUGGUGAACUGAAUUCAACAAUGUUUUUCUCUUAAACAAAUUAUUGAAAACAUUCUGUAAAAACACGGCAUUUUAUGUAAUGUUGACUGAUUGACA